AGUGGGAUUGACACAGUGAACACCUAACAUUUAGUCUUUCUAUAAUCGCAAAGUGAUCAUUUUGAUUUAGUCAUAAUUGCCACUAUUCCAAGCAAAAUCUAUCAAAUAUUUCCAGACCAAGUGGCCUUCCUUCUCUUUCCCUCAUGCUAAUCCCCACAAGAUCUAGUAGAUAUGCCAAUCUAGGCAUAAACUAUGCCAGAAGAUUUCAAUCAAAUGUUGCUGCUGGUGCUGCUGCUGCUGCAGACAAGAAAAUCCUCAAGAAGAACUCGAUCUUUGUUAUUUCUAUCCCCAUCACCACCUCAAAAUCCUACAUAUAUUGCAAUCACCGUCCUGGGAAAAUGUUGGCAGAGUCGCAAUUGAAAACCAUACCCCCACUUAUCAAACUAGAACACAAGUUAAUUAAACUUGCAAUUAAAGGAUGGACCAAGUUAUCCACUUCUGAGAAAUCCAUCAAUGUCAAAAUCACAAACUUGGUUAAACAAUUAAUGAGAACCAUUGCAUACGAGGAGAAUUGUUUGCGUAGUUUUCCUAACCAGAAAGCCAUGAUUAGAGAAAUCAACGAAGAAUUAAUAGAAAGCAAACAUCCAAACUUGGUUCAAUCGGAGAUUGAAAAAUUAGAUAUUUCCCAUGAUCAGUUGAAACCUAUUCCCUUGUAUCAUCCUGAUUUCCAAAAUCCAACCACGAUAUUGAAUCAAAUAUACGAUUUCAGAAAAGAUAAUCAAAUUAAACAUAAGAAGUAUGCUAUCUUAUGUGCUAUUGGUAUUCCCUUGAGUUUACCAUUUGCAUUAGUGCCCAUCAUCCCUAAUGUUCCUGGAUUUUAUAUAGCAUUCAGAUUAUAUUGCCAUAUAAAGGCAUUAAUGGGUAUAAAACACUUAGACUACUUGUUGGAAACUACUCCGAGUCAAGUUAGAACUAUUCAAAGAGAACAAGAAAAGCACGAUGAUGAGGAAAUGGAUGAAGUUAAAUUAGCUGAUGAAUCGACCGUAGUAGAAACCAAGCAUUUGCGAUUCCAAUCAGUAGCUGAAAUGGACCAAAUAUAUGCCGAACAUAAUGAAAAAAGACAUUUAAAUGAAUUGGUUCAAGAAGAUGAAUGUAUUCUCAUCAAUGAAUCCAUAAUAAACCUGUUGGUUGACCAAUUGGAUUUAGAACAUUUAAGAGAAGAUUUGUUGAAGGCAUUAGAACAAGAAACCAAACGAUUAAACAAAGAUAUUAGAGUUGGCGAUGCUGUUGAAUAAUUCAAAUGUAAAUAGAUUCAAUGUAUUGUAUAUCGUCAAACAAUACCGAGCUUGUGA